CCUAACUCCAUCACCGCCCUAUCCCACUUCCACUCGUCAACUGGAGGUUCUGAAUGGCCGCCGUUUCCAGGAGUAUCGGCAAGCGAGUCGCCCCUCACGCUCCGAUCUGGAGUUGGACUUCCGUCGCUCAUUCCAGGAGAAAUGGGCACUCCUCAGCGCCAGAGAAGAAUCCCGAGGAUGUGGCGACGGUGUAUGAGAAGAACCCCGAUGACCCAGUCCCGCAAAAUGUGGUUCCCGAUGAAGUGAUCCAGAUUCAAUCCGAAGAAUACUGGGUUCCCCACCCGCAAACCGGGGUCUUCGUUCCUCCUUCCGAUUGUAACGCGAGCGAGGACGUGCCCGAGCCCGAGCCCGAGCCCGAGGAGUCGGUGCUGGAGCAGGAGGCCUGGUAUCGCCCAACUGGUAUCCAAGAUCUGGAGAAGCCCACCAGCCUCGAAGUCGAAGUAUCUGAAACGAGCGAGACGGCAACACGAGAAGUCGCAGAAUAGUGCAAGGCCGAGCAGCUAUUGCGAAUUGUACAUAGGGACUGUUAAGGUUAGGUUUCAUGCUAUCCGCUAAACUCGUCUGCUGUUGGUUUUGGUCACUCUAUAACAUAUGAAUGUAACUUCCCUGUGUUUUGUCUUGAUUGUAAAAUUCAACAACGUUCAAUAACCCCUGCCGAUAGGGAACUUCCUUA